AUGAGGACCGAGAGGUCCAAGGUCAAUAUGAAGGCACGGCGGCAAAGCCGGAGCCGCCGCGUUGGCGACCGCCGCGGCAAGACGGGCUUCGUCGACACGGGCAAGCAGGAGAUGCCGCCGGAGGUGCCGCGCAAGGUCAUCAAAGACCACGGCGACAUGAGCAAUCGCAAGUACCUCCAGGACAAGCGCGUCCACCUCGGCGCGCUCAAGUACGUGCCGCACGCCAUGAUGAAGGUGCUCGAGAACAUCCCGAUGCCGUGGGAGCAGGUGCGCGAGGUGUCCGUGCUCUACCACAUCACCGGCGCCAUCACGUUCGUCAACGAGGUGCCCAAGGUCAUCGAGCCCGUCUUCCACGCCCAGUGGGCGACCAUGUGGCUGGCGAUGCGGCGCGAGAAGCGCGACCGGCGCCACUUUAAGCGGAUGCGCUUCCCGCCGUUUGACGACGAGGAGCCCGUCGUCGACUACAGCGACAACCUGCUCGACGUCGAGCCGCUCGAGGCCAUCCAGCUCGAGCUCGACGAGGAAGAGGACGGCGCCAUCAUCGACUGGUUCUACGACCACAAGCCGCUGCUCGACGACGGCACGCGCGUCAACGGGCCGUCGUACAAGUUCUGGAACCUGGACCUGCCGCAGAUGGCGGCGCUCCACCGCCUCGGCCGUACGCUGCUGAGCGACUUUGCGUCGGGGGACCGCAACUACUUUUACAUGUUCGACCCCAAGUCGUUCUUCACCGCCAAGGCGCUCAACAUGGCCAUCCCCGGCGGCCCCAAGUUCGAGCCGCUGUACAAGGACACAGACGGCUUCGACGACGACUUUACCGACUUUACCGACUUUCGCAAGGUCAUCAUCCGCCAGCAGAUCCGCACCGAGUACAAGGUGGCCUUCCCGCACCUCUACAACAGCCGGCCGCGCUCGGUGCACAUCGGCACCUACCACGAGCCCAAGAACGUCUACAUCCGCUCCGACGAGAUCGACCAGGCCUUCUACUUUGACCCGGUCAUCAACCCGAUCUCGGGCCGCUCGCUGGCCAGCUCCAACGCCUUCCGGAGCGACGGCCGCUGGAGAACGAAGCUGACGGCCGACGCCAUCGCGCUGUGGUGGGCGCCGUCGCCCUACGACCGGCGCAGCGGCCGCACGCGGCGCGCCGUCGACGUGCCGCUGGUGCAGACGUGGUACCUCGAGCACUGCCCGCCCAACCAGCCGGUCAAGAUCCGCGUCAGCUACCAGAAGCUGCUCAAGAACUACGUCUACAACUCGCUCCACACGCGCAAGCAGAAGCCGCAGAAGCGCAAGUACCUCCUCAAGCAGCUCAACGCCACCAAGUUCUUCCAGAACACGAGCAUCGACUGGCUCGAGGCGGGCCUGCAGGUGUCGCGGCAGUCGUUCAACAUGCUCGACCUGCUGAUCCACCGCAAGGGCUGCUCGGCGCUCCACCUCGACUUCAACUUCAACCUCAAGCCGACCAAGACGCUGACGACCAAGGAGCGCAAGAAGAGCCGCUUCGGCAACGCCUCCCACCUGGUCCGCGAGAUGGCGCGCAUCGUCAAGCUCCUCGUCGACAGCCAGGUGACCUACCGCCUCGGCUCGAUCGACGCCUUCCAGCUGGCCGACGGCCUCCAGUACCUCUUCAACCACGUCGCCACCCUCAGCGGCAUGUACCGCUACAAGUACCGCGUGAUGCGCCAGAUCCGCGCUUGCAAGGCCCUCAAGCACGUCAUCUACUCGCGCUUCAACAUGGGGCCCGUCGGCAAGGGACCGGGCGAGAGCGCCGUCGUGGCGCGUCUUGAAGGACGCAAGGGCCGCGCCAAGGGCGUCUCGACCAUCACCAAGCAGCGCGUCAAGAGCUCCUUCGACCUCGAGCUGCGCGCCAGCGUGCUGCACGACAUCCUCAACGUCAUGCCCGCCAGCGUCGAGGUGCCAGGCAUGCCGACAAGCGUCGAGAACCUCAUCCUGCGCUACGUCAAGCUCAAGGCCGACGGGUGGACGUCGGUGACGCACGACAACCGCGAGCGCAUCCGCCGCGGCGCCACGGUCGACAAGACGGUCAGCAGAAAGAACCUCGGCCGCCUCACCCGCCUCUACCUCAAGGCCGAGCAGGAGCGCCAGAACUCGUACCUCAAGGACGGGCCCUACAUCACGUCCGAGGCCGCCGUCGCCAUCUACACGUCGACCGUCCACUGGCUCGAGAGCCGCCGCUUCCAGCUGAUCCCGUUCCCCUCGCUCAACUUUAAGCACGACACCAAGAUCCUCGUCCUCGCCCUCGAGAAGCUCAAGGAGUCGUACAGCAGCCAGCGCGAGGAGCUCGCCCUCAUCGAGCAGGCGUUCGACAACCCGCACGAGACGCUGGCGCGCAUCAAGCGCCUGAUGCUCACCCAGCGCGCCGCCAAGGCCGUCGGCAUCGAGUUCUUCGACACCUUCGACAAGCUCAUCCCGUGCUGCAACAUCGAGCCGAUGGAGAAGAUCACCGACGCCUACCUCGACCAGUACCCCUCCUACGAGGCCGACAAGCGCCAGCUCUUCCCCGCCUGGGUCAAGCCGAGCGACUCGGAACCGGCGCCGUUGCUCGUCUACAAGUGGUGCAACGGCAUCAACAACCUCGAGGGCGUCUGGGACACGUCCGAGGGCCAGUGCAACGUGCUCAUGGAGACGACCCUCAGCCGCGUCUACGAGAAGAUUGACCUGACGCUCCUCAACCGGCUGCUGCGCCUCAUCAUGGACCACAACCUCGCCGACUACAUCACGUCCAAGAACAACGUCUCGAUCGUCUUAGAGGACAUGGAGCACAUCAACACGUACGGCCUGAUCCGCGGCCUCCAGUUGAGCGCCUUCGUGUUCCAGUACUACGGCCUCAUCCUCGACCUCCUCAUCCUCGGCCUGCAGCGCGCCAGCCAGAUGGCGGGCCCGCCGGCGGCCGCCCACCCGAUCCGCCUCUACACGCGCUUCGUCGACCGCAUCCACAUCCUCUACCGCUUCGACGCCGACGAGGCGCGCGACCUCAUCCAGCGCUACCUCAGCGCCAACCCGGACCCCAACAACAGCAACCUCAUCGGCUACAACAACCGCAGGUGCUGGCCCCGCGACUGCCGCAUGCGCCUCGUCAAGCACGACGUCAACCUCGGCCUCGCCGUCUUUUGGACCGUCAAGAACAGCCUGCUGCGCAGCCUCACCACCAUCGAGUGGGACGACACGCUGUGCUCGGUCUACAGCAAGGACAACCCCAACCUCCUCUUUUCCAUGGCUGGCUUCGAGGUCCGCAUGCUGCCCAAGGCGCGCCAGGGCGACGUCGAUACCACCCGCAACGCCAUCUGGCCCCUCGUCGCCGCCGCAUUGGGCAAGCGCACCGCCACGGCCUACCUCCGCGUCUCGGACAAGGGCAUCUCAAAGCUUCAACGGUCGCAGCCGCGCGCUCAUUGUGUCAUUCGGAUCAAGCCGGGCGUCGACUCCACCAUGCCCCUGCACUGGACCAUCCUCGCCUCGCCCAAGGAGGGUGGCGGCCUCGGCAUGCUCUCGAUGGGCCACGUCCUCAUCCCCACGUCCGACCUCCGCCACUCGCGCAAGACGACCACCGGCGUCACCCACUUCCGCUCCAGCCUCAGACUCAGCCGCCGCCUAUCCGUCUAG